GCGGUGAACUAGAAAUUGGGCGUGGUUACCAGGAAAGCGACCCCGCCUAGCGAUUCUGGGCAUGCGCGCCGGUGCAGCUCCUUGGCUUUGGGACGCGACGGCAGCGACAGUGGCUUCAGAAGCUUGAGGCUCGGAAGAGGCGCGGCGGGUAGGGAGCGUUCGGUGCGUGUCUGGACUCCGUCGGAUCGGGUGCCCGAGUGAGUGCUACCGAGGCGGUGGGACGAGCCUCGCCUAGUUCUCCGGUGCUCAAGGCCUGCUCCCUGCUGAUGAGUGAGGCGCCUUGGCGGAUUCCCUCCCCACCCAGUCCCACCGGGAAAUGCAGAUGAGUUGGUAAGCGAGAGAGAGAGACGGUUGAGAGCCCGACGCAAGCACUCUGCAGUAUCUCUCACUCAGGGCGCACUCUGCCAACAUACACUGUGCCCUUACCGACGUGCAGCACUCGCCAGGCUUCUGGCACGGCGUUUGGCUUCUGAGAGCCUGACAUGUGGGUUGUCCAUCUGGGCUCCUGAGAAGGGAGGAUGGGCACUCAGGGCAGCCCGGUGAAGAGCUACGACUAUCUGCUGAAAUUCCUGCUGGUGGGAGAUAGUGACGUGGGCAAAGGGGAAAUCUUGGAGAGCUUGCAGGACGGGGCAUCCGAGUCGCCGUAUUCCUACAGUAAUGGUAUUGACUACAAAACUACCACCAUUCUGCUCGAUGGUCGGCGGGUCAAGCUGGAGCUGUGGGACACCUCGGGCCAGGGUCGAUUCUGCACCAUCUUCCGCUCCUAUUCCAGAGGAGCCCAGGGGAUUCUCUUGGUAUAUGACAUCACAAACCGGUGGUCUUUCGAUGGGAUAGAUCGCUGGAUCAAAGAGAUAGAUGAGCACGCGCCGGGGGUCCCGCGGAUCCUUGUAGGAAACAGACUUCACUUGGCCUUCAAGCGCCAGGUACCCACCGAGCAAGCGCGUAGCUAUGCCGAGAAGAACGGCAUGACCUUUUUUGAAGUCAGCCCCCUCUGCAACUUCAACGUAACAGAAUCCUUCACGGAGCUGUCCCGCAUUGUCCUAAUGAGGCAUGGCAUGGAGAAGAUCUGGAGGCCAAACAGAGUGUUCAGCCUGCAGGACCUGUGCUGCCGUGCCAUAGUAUCCUGCACCCCGGUGCAUCUCAUAGACAAGCUCCCCUUGCCCGUGGCCAUCAAGAGCCACCUCAAGUCCUUUUCUAUGGCCAAUGGAAUGAAUGCAGUGAUGAUGCACGGACGGUCCUAUUCUGUGGCUGGCAGCAGUGGUGGAGCCACAGGAGGCGGAGGUGGAAGUAAGGGCAAUAGUCUUAAACGUUCCAAAUCCAUCCGGCCGCCUCAGAGCCCACCUCAGAACUGCUCAAGAAGCAACUGCAAAAUAUCUUAGCAAGGGAGUCUGGGAUAGUGGGGGACAGGCUCCUACUUGUGAUAACCCCACUGCUGAAGUGGUUUAGUGGCCACCACGUGAUGGAACCUUGCAUGGAUCCCUCCUCUGCUCAGAGCAAGUCUUGACUUCAGGGGCAGAGCAAGGGCUGAGGAUCACCACCGGUCCUUCUCACAGAUUGGCUGCCAGGCACCUCCACUCAACCAUAAAUCCCUGUGAGGAUUGCAUGAUGGACCUACCUAACACUCUUACCCAGGAACUGACCCAAUUCUGCACAGAGGCACGUGCUACAGGAACUUCUCACUUUUAUUCCCUUUUUUUUAUUUAUAAAUUGGUGUAUAAUAACCAACGCCUCACUUUUUAUAUAUUUAAUGCCUGCCAAAAUGUUUGUGCAUCCAGAUACCUUUCUCACACCCGCCCCUUCUUAAAGGGCAAGUCAGGAGAAAAGGCCAUGUAAGUGGAACCAAGGAGGGGAAUGUGCAGCCUUCUAAACCUUUAACUGUAACUGCUAUUGCAGAACUACAACUCCCACCAGCUCCUCUGGGAGUUGCAGUACCAAAGGUUGCCUCUUACUGUUAAAGGCAUUCUAUAUGGGUGCUGCUUCAUUGGAAUUCCCAAUGUGGGGGCCACACAAAGCAGCACUUUUAUCCAGUUUGAGGGGGUAAGGGCUGCAGUAGUGGGAAUAUAUAGUAGGGCAAGAUGGCAUCAUUUGCGCUUUAUAUGAGCGCUGUUUCAGGGCAGCUGCAGGUAGAUCAUUACUAGUGUGGCCCCACACAUUGUCCUGGGUAUUGAAUGCAGGUAGGGCCACAGUUACUUCCCAUGCCUAUAAACCUCCAUUCCAUGACUUAAAUGGCCAAGGGGGGUGCUUCAGCAGGUAUGUAAAAGCUCUGGCACCUAGACAUUUUAUUUUCUACCUCACUGCACAGCUGGCAGGCAUUGGCUUGUUCUAUAUAAAUGCCACAGUAUUGCCACCUUCCAUGUUCCAGCCCCCCCCCGCCUCCCGGUUGCAGUGACUGAAUUAAGAGGGGCCAUGAGGGAAUGAGAGCAGCCUGCCUGUCUGUGACGCGAGUUGCCGGCCCGUGUUGCCCCGUGGGAACCCUUCAUACGUCACGGCAACUGCAGAGAAAUCAGGCGUAGACCUUGCUCCUUCCCGGCCAUUUUCCUAUUAUUCACGAGUGACAAAUCACAGCCUUCCCGGCUGAAGAACAAGACCCAACCCCCAGAACUUUAUGUUUGGUUUCCCUAUUCUUAUGCACUUUGUCCAGUUCAGAUACCUUCAUUCCCACAUUCUACCCAUUACGGGGAAUGUCUAUUCCUGCGAGGUCCCAAUGAGUCCCAGCAGCGCCAUGCUUGUUCCU